GAUUGAAUGGGAUAAAUCGUAAGCGUAGCAGUGCAGUACAGUAGAUCUUAAACUUUACAGGCUAGAUACACUGCAGUGAAGCCAGAGAUUGCUUGCUGAUUUUUGGGUUGUUAUAAUGAUCCAUAAGAGUUCUAGAGUCACACUUCGCUUAAGAUGAGCACGACGACAUCCAGUAAAGAUCCUGAGGUGAACACCUUCAUCAGCUCUGCAGCAGUCAUCAAGUUUUCAGGUGGCUCCGUUGGCACAGAAGAAUGGACAGACUCCGAAGAUGAGGGUGACGCAACGGAUUCCAGGACGUCUGAUGACCCUCAAAAAUCCAUCCUACGCAAUAAGAACAAGACUGAUGCUCCAUCGGAAAACACCCUGGACAGCAUGGAGAGGGACUACAGGGAAAGGACUAAAGAGGGCAGUGUUCAUAGAGAUGUUAUUGCAAAUGGAAAUGUGAAUCAUAAAACUUCAGGAAACCUGAUCCAGCCACAGGUAUCAAAUUUUCAAACGAACACAGAUAGAGUUAUAAAACAAGCCGCCAGUGAUUCAAACUCGACAUUUCGGUUGCAGCAGGGAAAAACAGCAGAUUUUCAGAGUGGAACUUCCAAAAAGAGAAUGGAAGACAAUUUAUUGCCAGAAUCACCGUUUCCUGAGGUGGAGGUAGUUUCUAGAAGACAGGGGAGUUAUGAUGAGUCGCAGAAUCCAUUUUCAGAUGUGCCUUGUGAUGGUGAAGAUGUACAUAUUCGAAAUGGUCAUCAUAAUGCUGGUUCCAGGAAUCAUAGCUUUGAUGAGAGGCAUGACCAUUCUUACUCCUAUGACGCAGAUUUAGAUAUCAGCUUGCCUUCAGAAGACCAAGAUCUAGCUGAAAUCACAAAUGAAGACCUAGGAGUGGGACUCACUGAAAAUCACUUCUCUCAGCCAGAGGGUAUUUUUGGAUUCUCCCGCACAGAGGAGCUAGAAUUAGCAAUAGAGGAAUGUAAAGAGUCAGUGAAGGCAUCCCCAGAACACUCCGAGAACAGACGCAAGAUGGUGGCAAAACUAGUACAACUCAGACUUAAACUACUCCAAAUCAAAGAAGGGGAUGAAGAAGAGGAGAAGGAAGAUGUGAAAGUUGUUCUUGGUCAUCGUUUCUAUCGGAUGCACGGAAAGAGUCUGAAUGACCACUGUGAGGUCUGUCUGUCGGUCAUCUGGGCUCUUCUCCAGACGUGGUACAAGUGUAGUGAAUGUAAUUUUGGUUGCCAUGGCAAGUGCCUUAAUUUAGUCAAAAGAAAGUGUGUGAGUGCAAAGGUUUCUCGGCUAUGUUUUGAUCUCAAUAUUUGUCCAGAGAAAGGUCUAUCACCUCAAAACUAUAGGUGUGCAGAAUGCAGGGCGCCUCUUGCCUUCAGUGGAACACAGUCGGAGCCUAGGCUGUGUGAUUACAGUGGUCUGUAUUAUUGUAGCCUGUGCCAUUGGAAUGACCUGGAAGUAAUACCAGCAAGGGUCAUUCAUAACUGGGACUUUGAACCAAGAAAAGUAUGUCGGCAAUCUAAACAGCUUCUCAAACUGAUGUGCAGCAAGGCUGUUCUUAGAAUUCAAGAUCUCAAUCCUUUACUCUUCAACUAUGUCGAGGAACUCAGCCAGAUCAAGAAACUGAGGGAGGAGAUUCUGAUCAUGAAGGUUUACUUUCUUUCUUGCCGAAGAGCCUUGGAACAAAAACUACUCAAACAACUCCAGAUCAGACCUCACUUUGUUGAGAACAGUGAUACCUAUUCCCUCCAAGAUCUUAUAGAUACCGAAGAAGGCAAUCUGCUCUCCGAGCUAGCUACAAUACAUGGAGACUAUGCAGUUCACAUACGAGUUGACUGCCAGAUAUGUCAAGGCAAGGGUUUUAUAUGUGAGAUAUGCAAUUCCGAUGAGAUUCUGUUUCCGUUUGAUAUGAUAGCUACGUUGUGUGCCAACUGCUCAGCCGUCUACCACAGGGACUGUUUCUACAAGCGGUCAGGUGAUUGUCCGAGAUGUGCCAGGCUCUCCCAGCGAGCAUCCGCUGACCGGCCGGCCUCAAGCCCUUCAAGACCCAUCAGUAAAUGACCAAGAUAGAUGACCAUAGAUGACCAUUCAUGAGAACAGGUGAUACGGGUGAAAGAUCUCAUUUGAAUCAUUAUUCCUGGAAAAAAAAUUAAUUAAAAUGAAUAUUUCUGAUUUAUUUUUUCAUUUCAUGUGGAAGCAUUGUGAUGUAGUGGUUCUGAAUCUUACCUUCUAAUCAGAGGGUCAUGUUUUAAUCUCGUAGUGGCACUACCAACGUGUAACUACGUGAAUCUACAUUUAACCACUCUCAAACCAAGGUUUUAAGUGGGUACCCAGUAAGAUGCAAAUUAUGUCAAUGUUGCUGGCUUAAGAAGCAGAGCGAUUUGACUGCUUAUUGCUGGAAUACUCCCCAGGGAGCGGGGACUGUGCAUACACUACAUGUUGGUAUGCCAGAGACUGGUGAUAACCAGGGUAAUAAUAUAUCUGUACAAGUGUUUACAUAUUUUUUUUGUAAGUAAUGAGCACUAUGGAAGCCAUUCAUUAUUUCUGGACUGCUUGUUUGGUGAUUUUUUGUUUCCUUUUUUUGGGGGGGGGUGUCAUAUAAAAAAAUCCAUUCUCAAAUAUCCCCCUAAAGAUCAGAAAUGUGUCUCAUGAAGGGUUAGGGUACAAUCAGAUAAUCUGGCUUUGGCUCUGAUAGAAUUUUGUUUGCUGCAAGAUAUAAAUAUGAUAUGCAGUAACCCAAGGAAUUAUCCGUACACUAUACAGUAAUAUCACUGUAAAAGGAGACAAUGAAAUGCUGGAAAUCAAAUAUUCCCAGUCUGGCUUUUAUGAAAAUUAUCAUUGAAAAGUUUGAAAAUAUGUAUUAUUGCACUCAAUGAAAAUCAUUCCUGCAUGUCUUAUCACAAUUU